AUGCAGCUUCAACCCCACAACAACCAAGGAAAUCCGGCCGCCAUCGGUGCAGCUCGCGAAACGUUCGCACUUUACAACGAAGCAAGACGUACCGACAACGGCAAAUUCUUUGUGCACACAGGCCACAGCAAAUUCUGGGAAAUCAAUCGGAACCAGCGCCAAGUGUACUCGACGGGUGUCUGCACCGGAUGUACCGUGGUGGUCGUCGCGUCUGGAAGAGGCAUUUACUUGCAUCAUUUCAAACAGGAGGUGGGCCAGUCAAGGCCCUUUGAAAACCCUCAAUCAGAGGAGUUUCUCAACUACGUUUCUUCGCCAUUUGAAAACGAAGUACGCGAAAAUAGGCGGGCGUUUGACGGGGAUGUCCUGAGACAGAACUUUUUAAGUCGGUUCGGCGACGGCACAGUGACGAUACAACCAUAUUCGAUUAGAUGGGUCGAUGGUGAUCCACAUGAUAACACCCCGUUUGGGAAGGUCGUCGUCCUGUGGUUGCCUCCUCCUUCCAACGGCGGCGAUCAUCGGUUGAUUGUGCGUGUGGAGGAAAAUGUGGUUCUCGAUGCACAUUACAAUGCCGAUGGAAUCAGAAUCCAAUACGCUUCAAGCCCCAUCGGUCGUCUUAGGGAGUGGUACAAAUACUGGGACCCUUCAGCAGUCCAAGGGCCUCAGCUGGUGGGAUAUUUUGAUAAGGCCACCCGCUCUAUCAUUAUCCGAUCAUAAAGGCCCCUUUGGUACUACGCCAAGUUAAGAUAGUGGGACCGCAAUGGUAACUUGAGCAGAUCAGUAACCAGGUGAUCUCCGGGCUUUGAAUGGUUGCCAGCUGCUC